CAUCAACCUCCUCGCACCAUACGCUCGCACUCACCCUUUACUCCACCAGCUACAAACCAACAAUGACUCGCUCCCACAAGUACACUGACCGUGACCACGCUGGCAUUGCUGAUGGCACUGCCGAGCGUGAAGCACGUCUUCCCAAGUACUUUGCCAAAUCCGGCCAUGCUGACACGGACCCAACCAAGACGAAGAAGGGCGGCAGCGGCAAGGGCAAUUGGGGUGCCAUGGGCGACGAAGUCGAAGACAUUAGGCCCAAUAUGGCCAAUGCUCGCCGUCGAAGUAACUCAUCGACUCAUAAUUUGAAGGACUUCAAGACCAAGUUCGAGACCAUCGAGACUGAGCCCGUCUUCGAAGAAUCCAUCCACGGCCCAAUGGGCGAGGAACUCGAGAAGCAGAGCACUACCUCUACCGAGAACAGCAUUGCUGAGGAGGACCACGGCAAGAAGUUCUAGUUGUAGCAAGCACAAACGACGCAAGCGGUAUCGGUAUGGCUGCGAGUUGCCUGGCUAGUUGAUUCGUGGGAAGCCAUUGCCUGGUGACUGCCGUCGAGUCUUUGAGACCAUAUGUACAGUGUGGAGCAUGUCGUUUUAUUUACUACGUCGACAGCUGCGAUGCAAAGCCUUCACGUCAUGUACCUGACAUAAAUUGUAAUAAGUAACUUUAUGAGAAAUGAGAAACGAAUCUUCAAAA